AUCACAUUUUUUGACAGAAACGAGAAAGAGGCGAAAAAUUAUCAUUACGCGAACGUGCAACCAUUCGAUCGCACAUUGUGAUUAAAUAAGUGUUUCAAACGAGGAAAAAGAAAAAAAAUAGUAAAGUGAUAUUCUAAUAAACAUUCAUUUUCCUUACAAUUAACACGGCUUAAAAUUGUAUUGUUUCGUAUUAGUUUUAGACGUUUCAGAAUAUAAGAUCCAGACAUAUUACAAACAAAAAUCGUCAUAUUUGGUGAACAAUUUUUGAUCCAAAAUUUUAGUAUAUCAGAUACCAUACAGAUUGUCCCAUUUUUAAUGUUUCAAAAACACAAUUGAUUGCAAGAAUCACAUAUUUUGUCUAAAAGUGUUACAAUCAUUGUUGGUAGGUAUGAUACGAAAAAUGUCCGUAGCAUACCCGUGUCAAAUCAAAAUUUAUAAAGACGAAUUUCCCAAACAAAUCCGGUAAUUAGAUACAACUACAAAAAAAAUUAUUCGUCAAGAUCAAUCGUUGUUAUAGCAGAAUAUGAAUUUCGAUGAUUAUGAACAAUUGCCUACACCUUCACACCUUCACAACAUGAUUGCUGGUGGAGCGGCAGGCAUUUUGGAACAUUGUGUCAUGUAUCCAGUGGACUCCAUCAAGACACGCAUGCAAAGUCUUCUGCCUACCGCAUCAAACCAAACUCUAGUCAGUACGUUUAGCCACAUGAUAAAAUCGGAAGGAAUUUUAAGGCCGUUCCGUGGUGUCACAGCCGUUGUAGCUGGCGCUGGACCUGCACAUGCCUUCUAUUUUGCAACGUAUGAACAUUCUAAGAAUGUAAUGUCAAGUGUAUUUCCACAGUACGACCACGUAAACUAUGUCGUUUCUGGUGUAACUGCAACAUUGAUUCACGAUGCAAUUUCAAAUCCAACCGAAGUGAUAAAACAACGAUUACAAAUGUACAAUUCACCGUACAAGACUGUAUUGCAAUGUGCGGCUUGUGUUUACCGGACUGAGGGCUUUAAGGCCUUUUACAGAUCAUAUAUAACUCAACUUUGUAUGAAUUUACCACAUCAAACUAUCCAUUUUACAACCUACGAACUCUUUCAAAACAAGCUGAACAAGGACCGCAAGUACAAUCCAGGUGUACAUGUAGUGGCCGGUGGUGCAGCUGGCGCGAUAGCAUCAGCAUUUACAACGCCCUUAGAUGUUGUAAAAACUUUAUUGAAUACUCAGGAAACCGGCGCUGGGGUAACACGUGGAAUGAAAGAAGCUAUCAUACAGAUAUACACUGUGGCAGGCCCAAUUGGUUUCUUCAAAGGCUUAGGAGCACGUGUGUUGUAUUCAAUGCCAGCAACUGCUAUAUGCUGGUCAACAUAUGAAUUCUUCAAAUUUAUACUUUCAAACAAAAGCAACGAUCAUUAUAGAUCUUCGGUGUCUUCUAGCAAUUCCAGUUCAAGUGCCAGCUUUCAAUCUAAAUCAUUAGAAAAAACACCCGAUGAUCAUUCAACGAAUAUUCGAUAUGUAAUACCUAAGCCACCUGUUAUUACAACUGACAUCAUUACAGAUAGCACGACACUACACCACAGUACAGCAUCUGAUUUGAAUAUAGCGGGAUCGCAGUACAUACCCGGAACCUCACGAGAAUUGCCUUCAAUAUCUGGUGUCGGAGUCUAUACGGCUAUUAACAUGAAUGAACGAGUCUACGAUGCAAGUAUUCGUGGAUGCAGCCGAUGAAUGCAGUAUUCGUUAACAACUGUUAGUCCAAGCGUGGAUUGUGGCUUACAUUUAUGAAGAAAAAAAAAAACAAAUUCAUACUUUAAUAUAUUUGUAUGCCUUUAUGCAAGAUUAUUAUUUAUAAAAGUGAAAUCAGUCAAUUUAUAAUUUCUUCCCUUUUCAGCUAUUGGUAUGAAAUUUAAAAAAUUGGUUUAAGUUUUCAUGGAGACGCCUCAUUAGAGCACAAAUACAAGGAUAUGUCCAUAUCUAAUGCAACAUCAAGAAUGAGGCCAACCUUUUAGUUGAAUACAGUAAACCUAUAACAAAUAAUAUUGGCGGAUGUGAAUUUAAAGCAAAAACAAGCAAUUAGCCCCUAGAAACAAAAAAAAUCGUUGAAAUAUAUUUGUACUGGGUGCUUGCAGAGACUUUUGUCUAAAUAAAAAAGAUAAACCCUUGGGCUGUGUUGAAAUACAUUUUAUAAAAAUGAAAGGAAAUUUUGCUUUAUUCGUUGGGCAUUUUCAUUUUAAAGAAUUUUUGUUGGACAAAAAAUAAAUAAAUGGAAUACAAA